AUGGCGGCACCUCCUCCCGGCGAUGCGCCCUUCGACGCUGACUCGCGGCUCGUCAACAUGUCCUGCUUCGACCUCCUGCUGAUCGAACUGGUCCCGCUGGCCGAGCGCAUGGCGCGGGCCUACGAGGCGUCUCUCGACCGUCCCACACCCUCCCCCGCGAGCUCAACGACCACGAAACGGACGUCAAAGGGCCCGCCGGCGGCCCCGGGCAAUACCAUCAGCGGUGGCACGACGACGACAACGUCCAACACGGUUUCGUCGACCUCGACGCCCAGUAUCACGGUCACGGGCGCCAACGCGGUCCCUGCGUCCUCGCAGCCCUCAAACACCGCGCUGCUCGCCGCGGACGGCCUCCCCGCGACCACCAUCUUCGCCGAUUCCAUCUACGUGCGCCUCGAGCGCCUGGGCUUCCGUGUCGGGGAGGGUCUCAGUGAACGCAUCUCGCGCGACCGGCCGCGCUUCAACCAGGCCGGGCUGAACGGGGCUAACGUGGGAAACGUCAACGACCACCACCUCGACGUGAUCAAGUUCCUCUGCAAGGACAUCUGGGGCGUGGUGUGGAGGAAGCAGGUCGACAACUUGAAGACGAAUCAUCGGGGUGUCUUUGUCCUUACAGACAACAAAUUCCGUCCUCUUACACGCAUGUCCAUGGCGAACCACGCCGAAGCCUUGCAACGAGCCAAAACCCACCUCUUUUUCCCCUGCGGCAUUAUCCGUGGUGUCCUGAGUAGUUUGGGGAUCAAAGCCACCGUCCAGGCUGAGACGAUAGAAUUGCCUGGUGCAGUGUUCCAGAUUACGACGGUGCAGCCUCAAAUAAGGCCAUGA